AUGAGCACUAUACAAAGUCUCAAAAACUUCAUACGUCAUGGCAAGCAGGCCCGUCUAGUGACACCGCAUGCCGAACCCACCACCAAUGUCUCGCCCAUCCACGCCCAACACCAGCGCCAGCCCCAGAACACCUCCGCCGCCGGCAACCUCGAUGCCAUCGAAAGCAAACUCGGCAAUGGACAGGCUGCUGGCCAGAAGUCCCCCGACGGGCAGUCGCAGCACAAGCGCGCGCGGGAGGCCGAGAUUGAAAAGAUCGUCGCUGAGGAGAGACAGAUGAGUUCGCAGAUGCCCAAGUACCCGGGGCUAGAGCGCUGGGUCUUGCUUGAGAAGAUGGGUGAUGGCGCCUUUAGCAAUGUCUAUCGCGCCAAGGAUGCGACUGGCCCUUAUGAUCAGGUGGCCAUUAAGGUCGUUCGGAAAUACGAAAUGAACAGCACUCAGCGCGCAAAUAUCCUCAAAGAAGUCCAGAUCAUGCGUCAAAUCGACCACCCGAAUAUUGUCAAACUCAUCGAUUUUUCUGAGGCUCGUCAAUAUUACUACAUCGUCCUCGAAUUAUGCCCAGGGGGCGAGUUAUUCCACCAGAUCGUCCGCUUAACAUACUUUAGCGAGGAACUCAGUCGCCAUGUGAUUCUCCAAGUCGCAAAGGCGAUCGAGUAUCUACACGAGACCUCAGGUGUCGUUCAUCGCGACAUUAAACCAGAGAACCUCCUCUUCUAUCCCGUGCCCUUUAUCCCUAGCAAACACCCCAAGCCUGUCCAACCAGGCGACGAAGACAAGGUGGAUGAAGGUGAAUUCGUUCCGGGAGUUGGAUCGGGCGGUAUUGGGACAAUCAAGAUCGCCGACUUCGGUCUCUCCAAGGUCAUCUGGGACAACCAGACCAUGACACCAUGUGGUACUGUUGGGUAUACUGCUCCAGAAAUCGUCAAGGAUGAACGGUAUUCCAAGAGUGUCGACAUGUGGGCCUUGGGCUGUGUGCUCUACACUCUUCUCUGUGGUUUCCCUCCUUUCUACGAUGAGAGCAUUCAAGUCCUCACUGAAAAGGUGGCCCGCGGGCAGUACACAUUCCUGUCUCCCUGGUGGGAUGACAUCUCCAAGUCGGCCCAGGAUCUUAUCUCUCACCUCCUGACCGUCGACCCUGAAAAGCGCUACACUAUCGGAGAAUUCCUGAACCACCCUUGGAUUCGCCAGUCCAAUGAGGAAACACAGGCUGCCGCAGAUGCUCCACCCCUUGCAACCCCAAGACCACAGCAAACACCCAUGGAUCCCAUGGCAGCAGAAACACCUGCGGUCGAGCGCCCAUUGGACUUUCGCUCACCUGGUGCCAUCAACUUGCGUGAGGUAUUCGACGUUGGGUACGCUGUACGUCGGGAGGAGGAAGAGCGGAAACGUCGUAGGGAUCAUAAACAAGCAUACAAAGACCCUACUGCUCGCUUCCAGUCUGCUCUGAACCCUCUCAACGAAGCCUCUGACGAUGAGGAAGAGGAACAAGUUACAUAUCAACCUAUGGAAAACCCGCCAUUGAAGGUCCACAAGUCCUCUCAACUGGCAAAAGACAUGGCCUCCAUGGAAGUCAAGUUACGAUCGACAAACCUGGAUGCCCACGCCAACCCACCAGUAGCACAAAAGUAUCCUCGCAACAAGGGCGGGGCCGAAAAGAAGCCCGUUUCCCGGGGUCCCCGGGAGCCAUUCGAGCUCAGUCUCAACAAGGCUACAUUAUUAGAGAAGAGAGGGCAGCGCCAACAGGCUGCUUAA